AUGGAUUUCGAGCCGGAGUAUGCCCUCCUGCGCGCAGCGACGGAGCGCGCGUGGGCAAUCGAGAAGCGGCUUGGCGUGUCCAUGCUCGACUACCACAUGGACGACCACCGGCGCAUGGAUUGGCGGACCAUGGACAUCCCGCGCGACGUCGCAUCGCGCAUUGCGCACAUCGCGACCAAGCUCCGGCACGAUCCGAGCAUGGAGAUUGCAGCCCCCAAGCCGCUGCGUCGGAAACCUGCCGUGAAGCCCAAAGCACCUGUAGUCGCGACAGUGGUCGUACCGCCACGGGCCGCGCCCAAGCCCGAGGUUCCAGUGCCCACCGUGCCGGCCCGUGUCAUCCAACCCGCGAACGAAGCUCGUGCGACGGCCCUUCGAAAAGAGAUCCGCGACGCCCGGGCACAAAAGGAAAACGAGGCGGCCAAGAAGAAGACACUGCCGAAGCGCGUCCUCAAGCAAGAGCCGCCAUCGCUCGCAGCGGCGCCACGGAGCAUCGACCCACUGCCUGUGGCGCAGCUCACAACACCGCCCCACGCAUCGUCUGCCUCGGCACCGUCGUCGCCAGUGCGUGCGCAUCUGCCACCAAGGCGCGUUGCACCGCCCGAAGUCCCGUCUGCGAUUGGCAAGCAAGUGCUCUCGGACCGCCGGACGAUGCCAUCGGCGACGUUUGGCUUUCCUGGCGACGUUGUGUAUGGCGGGCCUCGCUCCGGUCCGUCCAUGACGCUGCUUCGGCGGCUCUUUAACGACCUCGACAGCGACCGCGACGGGUACCUCAAUGCGCUCGAGGUUUCGGUCGCGCUGCACCGCCUCCGCAUCACGCUGCACCCGACGCGCAUCACGCUCUUCUUCGAGCAAGCGGCGCAGCUCGCGCACUCGUCGCGGCGCCUCAUCGACUUCCGGCAGUUUGCCGCGUUCGUUUUGGCCGCGCACGAACACCCGGCGCGAGACAUGAUUGCGGUGGCGCCCCGAAAGCAGCCACCGCCACCGAUAUCAACCACCGCACCGAUUGUCGUUGCGGAUACGACGGGCGAUGCGCCACCGAUGCAGGUCGUCGAGGCGUCGGUCACCGACUACGUGGUGAACCGCAUCGUUGAGUCGCUACAAAGCGAGAUGCCGUCCGAGGUCGCCGAGAGCCUGGACGAGAACGUACUGCGGGAGCUCACGCGGCAGCUGCUUGCAGACCACAGUCGGUCCGCAGCGGACGUGAAUGACUUUGAGCCAAGCCAGCUGACUGCGCCACCAGAAAUCCACGAGCUCGAGCCGGACGACGAUAGAAACAUGCUCGACUUGGUCAAGACCCUCGUUCAAAACGAGUUGCGUCGUGAAGUAGUUUCGACCCCGCCAACGACGAUACCGCCGCCGCCAAUCGCGGCAAAGGAAGUCGCGGACAUGGCGACCGACACCACCGACUUGGCUUCCCCCGAGCCGCCAUCGCCGGUCGUCGAAGACAAGGAAGUACAAGUGGUAGUUGACGAAGUAGAGGCGACACCAGCGCCGUCUUGGACGUUGGCGGACCUUCCAGGGAAAACACUCCUCGGAAAGCUCCUCCACGCAUCGCCCGACCAGCGCGCGUCGAUUGCGCAGCAACGCACGGAAGAGCGUACGCCCCUCAUGACGACGCUUCGGGCGCUUCGUAUGCAGCGCUUGCGGCGAACCGCUGUGCCAGCUCCCCUCGCAACCACUCCGAUCGUGUUGGCGCCGUCACGGACGGUGUUGGAGAUGCCGCCGCCACCCGCGCCACCGAUGUCUCCAGUAGAAGCGUCGUACCUGGCUUGGGCUCGCCAAGAGCCGGAGAUUGUGCCCGUGGCCUCCAAGCUCUACACCGUGCCGAUCGAGCGCGAGGUGGCCGCGAGUCUCGCAUCGCUCUCUCGAUCAUCCGAGGUUAGCGCUAGCUGGAGCAGUGAGAGCCAAUGCAACGGCAACCUUGACGACGGUGUGUCCGAAGGCGAGCUCGUGGAACCAAACACGCUGAGCGACGGUGAGAUACUUGACGACCCGCUGGUGCGAGCUACGUUCUACCACACGCAAAAGCUCUCGCUGCAGCGCAAGAAAGAGCGUCGGCGCCUGUCGCCAUCGUCGUCCAUCGAAAGCGGCGAGCUCUUCCACCAGCGGGAUAUCUUUCCCAACCCCUGCGACAGCCCGCGCAGCGAGAGCUCGGCACCACACAGCCGUGCCUCAUCGUCAUCAUCGUCGUCGUCGUCCAAGGGCUCCUUCACUGGGUCCAUUCGCGCCACGUCUUCCACGGGCAGCUUUGAAUCGGGCCAAUGUGUGCCCUGAAAAUGACACUCGC